ACGAGCACUUUGUGCAAAACUGGUUGAAAACCAAAACCAAUUCGCGCUGUGAAGAGAUCUGUUCUCAUUCAUGGUCUUAGGUCUUCAGGCUUCGACAUCUUCGACUAUUUAAUGCGUUGCUAUGUUAGUGCAUACAGACAAAACAGUUUCAGCAGUUUAGCAGCAAGCCAUUUCAAGAUUAUCUCUCCACAACAACAGCUUUUGCGUUCAAACUUAGUUGGUUUAAUUUACAGCUCUUAAAAGGAUAGAAGUCCAGUGCGUCAUUUCCUUUGGAUAUUUUAAAUACAGCGCAGGGUAACAUCAGGUACUAUGAGUUUCAUCGGUGCAUGUGGUUUGGCACGUAUCGCAACAGCAGCUGGCGGCCGCCAGAUGAGAUCUCUUGCAAUACGCAGCCAACAACUAGGGUCCUACUCAACCAGCUCGAUCACACCAAAGGAACCGGAGAAAAGCAACAAAACUAGCAGUGAAGCGUCUACAUCAACCACUAAUUUAAAUACUCACACUCAUGCGCCGAAUAAUUUAGAAAAAAAGCUGCUUGUGUUCACGAAGAAAUAUAAAUCUGUUGACGAUAUUCCCGCUUUUGUCAAUCAAGAUGUAAUGGAACGGUGCCGCAACCAAGUGCGCAUCAAGCUUGCAAAUUAUUUGAUGAUUGGAACCGCAAUCGGUUGUGUUAUUAUGAUCAUUAGUGGCAAAAAAGCACAAGAACGAGGAGAGUCGGUACAAAAAAUGAAUCUCGAUUGGCACAAGGAGUACAACGAGAAGGCACGUCAGGAAGCUGCAGCAACAAAAAAUUGAAAUAAAAAAUCAACACUUUCUAAUACACCUCGUUUUAUCAGCUAGAGAUAUUUUUUUCCAGUCGGAAUCGAUGUGAGCCACGGGUUUUUAUACCUGCAAUUCAAGCAAUAUGUUUAAAUGAUUUUGAUAAUAUAUAUUGAGUUACAGAAUGUAAUGCCUAAGACUAUUAUAAUGUACAGUAUGUUUACUAAAUACGCCUUAAGUUUGCUUAGCUUUUCUUUAUUCAC